UGGCGCCACGCCCAGUGCGUGACGUCAUCCAGGAAGAAAAACAACAAAAGAACAGGAAGUCUCUAAAAGGAGGCCAAUUCUUAUCAAUUUUAGGCAGGAUGUCUGUGACCAUGAAGAGGGCAGAUGGGGUCACGGUGUUUACGGUGACCUCUGACUCCAAUAGCGUCUUGCCUCCUCUAUUCCAAAUCCUCAAGAGCCUUUGCUUCAGCCCCGUUUGCUGCUCCGUGUCCCGGCACCUGAGGACACUCAUGGGGACGUCUCAGUCCUUACUGGGGGCCCUGCAGAUCGUGGUGGGCUUGCUCAACAUGGGCCUGGGAGUCCUCCCCAUGUGUCACGGUUACGCCGCCUGGUGGCCCACGGAUGCCAAUUUCUUUUCCGUGUGGAUGGGAGCCGUGUUUGUGUUCUUUGGCAUCUUGUGCAUUUUGUCGGAGAAGUACCCGAGUCCAUGUCUGGUCAUCAUUAAUGUCAUUUUGAACAUCUCGGGUGUGGGCUUUGCCAUGGUUGCCAUGGUGAUGUGCGCCCUCAACAUCGCCACCAUACACCACAGCCUGUGGGACGCCUGUGAGCCGGACGGUGACUUCUGGGACUUUGACAGUCUGACAACUCUGCCCCCCCGUAAAGAAGGAUUCAUCAAGCGAUGCUUGGAGACCAAAAGGCUGAUUAUCAGGCUCCUGAGGGGCAUCAAUGGUGUCCUGCUGGUGUUGUGCCUUGUCGAGCUCGGCCUCGUCUUGUGCUCCUCAACGUUGUCCAUCAAGGCUCUGAGGAGCAGCAGCAAGAACAGUCAGAAGAGCCUGGAUGAUCUGGAAGCUUACGAAGGUCUUGAGGAAGAAGUCAUCUCUGCCAAGCCUUCAUCCUAAACUUCCUCUUUCAGUACACAACUUUUCUGUCUGUUGAUGGUCUUGAAUAUUUUUUCUUCUUUAGACAUCAGUCCAGACUACUUUGCACUCACAACUCUCCAUAUGACUUACUUACUCAUAUAUACUCUGAUGUUAUUAUGCUUCAUCAUUUUCUACAGCUUUCACCGCAAUAUUUGUCCCAUUUUGCACAUUUUAAUCAGUGAAAUGCAUCCAGUGACAUCGCAGUAAAAUAAAUGUCACCUGCUGUGACCUGACCAGGA